AUGAAAGCUGAGAGUUCGAAAGUCACCAUGAGACGUCUGUCUCCAGAAACACUCGAACUGAUACACCAGCUUGGAAUCGCACGAGCUCCACGCAAACGCGAACUAACGUCCGGACGUGCAAAACAAUGCAGACAGGCGAUGAAAGAAGAUCAUAAAGAGAGAAGAGCAACAGUAGUGGUCGAAGCUGCAGAGACUGGGAAAAGCAUUCGAAAACUCACCGAAGCUUCGCCAAUUACAGGAGCAAAAUGA